CCAAAAAUAUAAAAUGAAAGUCCUGGUGCUCGCUUUAUGCAGUUUGGCUUUGGUAGCCGCUGAUGUUUCCCAUCUCUUUGGAGACGAUCAUCAUCAUCACGAGGAUCAUCAUCACCAUCACGAUCAUCCUGGCUACAACUAUGAGGCACCCAGCAUACCCUUUGACCUGCCAGCCAAGGCGCCAGAGUCGACUUAUCUGCCGCCAGCACAGCCCAAGCCUGAAUAUCUGCCACCUGUGGCAGCACCUAAGCCUGCCUACUUGCCACCUGUGGCACCAGCACCCAAGCCUGCCUACGUGCCACCCGUAGCUGCACCCAAGCCUGCCUAUGUGCCACCUGUAGCAGCAGCACCUAAGCCUGAAUAUUUGCCACCUGUGUCAGCGCCCAAGCCUGCCUACUUGCCACCUGUAGCACCAGCACCCAAGCCUGCCUAUGUGCCACCUGUAGCAGCACCUAAGGCUGAAUAUCUGCCACCUGUGGCAGUAGCACCCAAGCCAGCCUACGUACCUCCUGUAGCAGCACCCGUUCAUCAGCCAGAGAGCAACUACUUGCCACCAGCCCCUGCCAAGGUCGCUGCUCCUGUCCCCAGCUUUAAAAUACCGAUUCCCUCGUAUGCUGCACCACUGGAACCGGACAACACGUAUCUGCCACCACAGGAGCAUGUGGAGCCACACAGUGAGGAUGGUUAUCAUUACGAUGCACCCGCCAAGCGUUUCUCCUUUUAGCCACAAGUGAU